AUGGAUGCUACUAAGUCUGCACCUCUGCCGCAAACUGCUAGAGUAAUCAGAAUUCUCGGACGUACUGGAUCUCAAGGCCAAUGUACUCAAGUCCGUGUUGAGCUUGUCGAUAACAAGCGGAGUAUAAUUCGGAAUGUGAAAGGCCCUGUGCGAGAAGGCGAUACCCUCGUCCUUUUGGAAACCGAGAGAGAAGCCAGACGCUUGCGCUGA